GAAAGCAAAACAAGUUCAUCAUGUGCAGCUUGGUCUGACUACACCCCCUUUCAGAAAGCAGCCUGGGUAAGACUCCCAUCUAAGGAAUAAAUGAAGAAGUAGCAAUAAGGAAAUUUUAAUUGUUCCUGUACACAAAAAGAGAACUGUGCGUUGACAGUGUUUCCAGAGUACUUUCCUAAUUUUUCUGACAGCUAAAUGCAUAUGAAACAGAAAAGUGUGUAUCAGCAAACUCAAGCACUUCUGUACAAGAAUUUUCUUCAGAAAUGGAGAAUGAAAAGAGAGAGUUUAUUGGAAUGGGCACUCCCAAUACUUCUAGGGCUGUACAUGGGACUAUUUUCACAUUUCAGAGAAAAUAUGUAUUUUCCUGAAUUGCCUCCUCAAGAUCUGGGAAGUGCAGAUCAUGUUAAUAACUCUAUAGCUAUUGUAUACACACCUGUCUCUGAACUAACCCAGGAGAUAAUGAAUAAAACAGCAUUUGCACUUUUGAAAGAAAGAAGGAUCAUUGGAGUACCGAACCAAAAAUCCAUGGAUAAAAUACUUCUAGACAAUAUCACAGGCAUCGUGGGAAUUAUCUUCAAUGACACUUUCUCGUAUAAGUUAAAAUUUUUUCAGGGAUAUUACAUUCCAUUUUUGAAGGAAGAUCUUUUCUCAGCUCAUUGCUGGAAUCUGGAUAAUGAAGAUCAUUCCUGUUCCCUGUCCAAAUACUGGAGUAGUGGAUUUGUGGCUUUACAAGCCGCAAUUAAUGCUGCUAUUAUCCAGAUCACAACAAAUCACUCUGUGGUGGAAGAGUUGAUGUCAAUUACUGCUGUAAAUAUGAAGACUUUACCUUUUAUGUAUAAAGACGUUCUUCAAAAGGAGCUGUUCAUUUUCUACUGCCUGCUUUACUUCUCCCCGUUUAUAUAUUUUGUAUCACUCAAUGUUACAAAAGAGAGAAAAAAGUGCAAGGAUUUUAUGAAAAUAAUGGGUCUGCAAGAAUCAGCCUUCUGGCUCUCCUGUGGCUUAAUCUAUGCUACCUUCAUCUUCAUCAUUUCCAUAAUGAUUACAGUUAUUAUAACAUCUACCCAAAUUAUAGUCAUGACGGGCUUCAUGGUGAUAUUUACACUCUUUUUCUUAUAUGGCUUAUCUUUGAUUGCUCUAACGUUCUUGAUGAGCGUGUUGUUAAAGAAAACUCUCCUUACCAAUUUGGUUAUGUUUCUCCUCAAUAUCUUUUGUGGGGGUGUAGGAUUCACUGUGUAUUACAGACAACUUCCUUCCUCUCUGGAGUGGAUUUUGAGUUUUUGUAGCCCUUUUGCCUUCACUGCUGGAAUGAGCAAGAUUAUCUACUUGGAUAAUACUAUGGAUGGUAUAAUUUUUCCUGACCCUUCAGGAGACUCCUAUGUAAUGAUCGCAACUUUUUCCGUUUUGGCUUUUGAUGCACUUUUCUACUUGGCACUGGCAUUAUACUUUGACAAAAUCUUACCCUAUGGGGAUGAGCGCCAUUAUUCUCCAUUAUUUUUCCUGAACUCAUCUUGUUUCCAACACCAGAGGACUAAUACUGUCAUUGAGAAAGAAAUAGAGCCUGAGCCUCCGUCUCAGGACUGUUUUGAACCGGUAGCUCCAGAAUUCCAAGGAAAAGAAGCUAUCAGAAUCAGAAAUGUUAAAAAAGAAUAUACCAGCAAGUCUGGGAAAAUGGAAGCAUUGAAAGACUUAUUCUUUGACAUAUAUGAAGGUCAAAUCACAGCAAUUCUGGGUCAUAGCGGAGCUGGCAAAUCUUCAUUGCUAAACAUCCUUAAUGGGUUGUCUGUUCCAACAGAAGGAUCAGUUACCAUCUAUAAUAAAAAUCUCUCUGAAAUGCAAGACUUGGAGGAAAUCAGAAAGAUAACUGGUGUUUGUCCUCAAUUCAAUGUUCAAUUUGACAUACUCACUGUGAAGGAAAACCUCAGGCUCUUUGCUAAAAUAAAAGGGAUUCAGCCACAGGAGGUGGAACAAGAGGUACAAAGAAUUUUGUUAGAAUUGAACAUACAAAACAUUGAGGAUAACCUUACUAAACAUUUAAGUGAAGGACAGAAAAGAAAGCUGACUUUUGGGAUUGCCAUUUUAGGAGAUCCUCAAAUUUUGCUAUUAGACGAACCAACUGCUGGGUUGGAUCCCUUUUCAAGGCAUCGAGUGUGGAGCUUCCUCAAGGAACACAAAGCAGGCCGUGUAAUCCUCUUGAGUACCAAUCUCAUGGAUGAAGCUGACAUCCUGGCUGAUAGAAAAGUGAUCAUGUCCAAUGGGAGACUGAAGUGUGCAGGGUCUUCUGUCUUUUUGAAGAGAAGAUGGGGUCUUGGAUAUCACUUAAGUUUGUACAGAAAUGAAGUAUGUGAUCCAGAAAAAAUAACAUCCUUCAUUAAUCAUUACAUCCCUGAUGCUAAAUUAAAAACAGAAAACAAAGAAAAGCUUGUGUAUACUUUGCCCAUGGAAAGGACAAAUAAAUUUCCAGACCUUUUCAGUGAGCUUGAUAAGUGUUCUGGCCAGGGUGUGAUGAGUUAUGACAUUUCCAUGUCAACUCUGAAUGACGUCUUCAUGAAACUGGAAGGAAAAUCAACUAUUGGACAAGAUUUUGAACAAGCAGAAAUAAGAGGCACAGAAAACCUACACGAAAUAGAGCCAGCUUGCUCUUCUUUCCCUGAAAUGCAAAAGGCUGCGAGUGGCAUGGGCCUCUGGAAAAUGCAGAUCCGCGCAAUAGCACGGCUCCGUUUCUUGAAGUUAAAGCGUGGGAAGAAAGACCUUUUGAUUCUACUCUUGGUAUUUGGGAUUGCAAUGUUCCCUUUGAUUGUGGAAAAGAUAAUGUAUGCCCUAUUAAUUCAAAAGAGUGAUUGGGAAUUUAAAUCUGAACUGUAUUUCCUCUCUCCUGGACAACCUCCAGAAGAUCCCCGUACCAGCCUGUUGAUCAUCAAUAACACAGGAUCAAAUAUUGAAGAUUUUAUACAGUCGGUGAAGCAUCAAAACAUACUUCUGGAAGUAGAUGAUUUUGCAAACAGAAACGGCACUGAUGACCUGUCGUACAAUGGAGCUAUCAUAGUUUCUGGCAAACAAAAGGAUUACAGAUUUUCAGUUGCCUGCAAUACUUUGAGACUGCACUGUUUUCCUAUUCUUGUGAAUAUUAUUAGCAAUGGGUUACUUCGAUUGUUUAAUUGCACACAAAAUAUUCGAAUUGAGAGAAGCCCGUAUCCUUUUAACUUUAUGAUCUACUGGACAGGACUGCCAGAAGGUUCUAUGUUCUUGUUUUGGGUUGUGUGCAGCAUUUCACCUUACAUCUCCAUGAGCAGUGUCAGUGAUUACAAAAAGAGAGCUAAGUCCCAGCUAUGGAUUUCAGGCCUCUACCCUUCUGCCUACUGGUGUGGGCAGGCACUGGUGGAUAUCAGCUUCUUCGUUUUCCUUCUCCUUUUGAUGUAUUUAAUUUUUUACAUAGCCAACAUAACAGAGAUUUAUAUCACAAGUCGAAUUGUGUUCAGUCUGGUUGUAUUUGGACUCGGUUAUGCAACAUCACUUGUCUUCUUGACAUAUGUGAUAUCAUUUAUUUUUCGUAAGUGGAAAAAAAAUAGUGGCCUUUGGUCGUUUUGCUUCUAUAUCACCUCAAUCAUCAUGUUUGACAUUGUGCUGCUUCAUUUCAACUUGCCUACCUUGAUUUCUAGCAUGGUAUUUAUUCCCUCAACUACCAUGGGUGGAUUUCUAGCCUUUCUGACAAUGAGAGCUUAUGAACACCAACCAAAAUACCCAGACCACAAAUAUGACCCGAGUGGAGUUGAUCUUCUAGUAUGCCUAAUACCUUACUUGCAGGCUUUGUUAUUUGUCUUUAUCCUAAGAUGCCUGGAGACAAAAUGUGGAAAGAAAAUAAUGCGAAAGGAUCCCGUUUUCAGAAUUUCCCCCCAAAGGAGAGGUGCUCGACCUAAUCCCGAAGAACCUGUCGAUGAGGAUGAAGAUGUUAAAGCAGAAAGGCAAAGAGCAGCAACUGCCCUGACCACUUCGCAGGCAGGCGAGAAACCCGUCAUAAUUGCCAGCUGUCUGCACAAAGAGUACGCAGGUCAGAAGAAAAGCUGCUUCUCCAAGAGGAGGAAGAAAAUAGCAGCAAGAAAUAUCUCCUUCUGUGUUAAAAAAGGUGAAAUUUUGGGAUUGCUAGGACCUAACGGUGCUGGUAAAAGUUCAUCUAUUAGAAUGAUUUCUGGGAUCUCGAAACCAACAGCUGGAGAGGUAGAACUGAAAGGAUGUGGUUUGGUUUGGGAUCAUCAGGGAGACAACACAGUCAGCUUCCCGGGAUACUGUCCUCAAGAGAACGUGCUCUGGCCCAGCCUGACAGUGAGGGAACAUCUGGAGAUCUUUGCCGCCAUCAAAGGGCUGAGGAAAGGGGAUGCCACAAUUGCCAUUUCACGAUUGGUGGAUACUUUCAAACUGCACGGACAGCUAGAUGUUCAGGUGCAGAAAUUAACGGCAGGAGCCGCCAGAAAGCUGUGUUUUGUGCUGAGCGUCCUGGGAAAUUCACCUGUCCUGCUCCUAGAUGAACCCUCAACAGGCAUGGACCCAGCAGGGCAGCAGCAAAUGUGGCAGGUGAUCCAGGCAUCCAUUAAAAACACAGAGAAAGGAGCGCUCCUGGCCACCCAUUACCUGGCCGAGGCUGAGGCCAUAUGUGACCGCAUCGCUAUCAUGGUGUCUGGAAGGCUGAGGUGCAUCGGCUCCAUCCAACACCUGAAAGACAAGCUCGGCAAGGAUUACUUCCUAGAACUGAGAGUGAAGGAAGCUGCCCAAGUCACCUGUGUUCACACGGAGAUGCUGAAGCUCUUCCCACAGGUUGCACCGCAGGAAAGGUACUUCUCCUUCUUGGUCUAUAAACUACCUCUGGCGGAUGUCUACCCUCUAUCUCAGACCUUCCGCAAAUUAGAGGCAGUGAAACAUAACUUUAACCUGGAAGAGUACAGCCUCUCUCAGUGCACACUGGAAAAGGUAUUCUUAGAGCUUUCUAAGGAGCAGGAGCUGGGAAAUUUUGAAGAAGAAAUUGAUACAACCAUGAGAUUGGAACUCCUCUCUCCUGCAGAUGACUUUUAAAAGCUCAAGCCUGUUAAUACUUUGUGUCAUAUAAGCUUAUGUUCUAUGUAAUAAUUGGCAGUAUGUAUAAUUUUAAAAAUCAUUAACAUCAACAUCAGGGUAUAUUUUGUACAUUUGGUUAACAAAUGAAUUCAUGUCAGAAUCAUUCCUCCCCUUAAAUUUAGGAAUGAUAGAAAAUCCGUGAUAAAGGCAAUAUAAAGUAUUAAUAAAUCUUACCUGAAGACCAGGUAGCAGGUAUCGUGGAAAUAAAACCACAAACUUGGGAAUUUUUUGAAGUAUAACUUCAAACAUGGCGUAUCACUUUGAAAAAUGACACUUACUAAGAAAUUCCCAGCAGAGCCAUACGAGGGAUCUGUUCAACAGCCAGAAGCUAUAGGAUUGCAGCAUGCAUUUGGGAAGCUUGGGUUUAUGAGGUUGCUUUGAAACACAAGUAAAACCUAAGAGUCUUCCUCUGAAGUCUUUUCAGAAACUGUUUUGAAAUUCAGAGCGAGGAGUGCAUUGGACUCACCUCUGAACGAGCACGUGCAUCGGAUAAGCUUUCAAACAUACCUUGUGGAAAGGAGGGACGUCACAGCAACAUUCCUUCAGUUUUCUAAGAUUUUGAAUGCUACUUCAUGAUUGGGGGAGGCGAGUGCUGAUUUCCCUCACCAACUCAUCAGUAGUUUUCUGUGUACAGUUGACCUUUGCACAACACAGGGGUUAAGGGUGCCGAACCCUCUGUGUAGUCAGAAAUCUGAGUAUAACUUUCAAGUCCCCCCCAAACUUAACCACUAAUAACCUACUGUUGACCAGAAGCCUUCCCCAAAACAUAAAUCAUCAAUUAGCGCGAUGUUAUAUGCAUUAUAUGCCAUAUUCUUAUAAUAAGUCAGCCAGAGAAAAGAUAAUGUUAUUAAGAAAAUCAUAAGGAAAAAAUACAUUUAUUGUACACUAAAAAACCAUAUAUAAGUGAACCUGUACAGUUAAAUCCAUGUGGUUCAAGGGUUAACUGUAUUUACUGCCAUUUUUAAAUCACUUCUUUCUUAUGUAUGUACAUCAUAUGUUUUUAUAUCUAUACACACAUAGGUAUAAAUCAUUUCUAUUACUAAAUUUUUAAAAAAGUGUGUUUUACAAGUAAUUUUAUUUUUUUCCUUAAAUUAUAGCUAUUUCAUUUUAAAUAUCAUGAGAAAAAUUUUGAAGACCAAGCAGUAUUUUUGAUGCUUUUUUUUUUUUUUUUGGGUGAUAUGUUAUAUAACUUAAAACACAUUGUUAUGCUCAUUGAGGGAUUUUUGUAUAAUGGAGAAAAACACAAAAAUUGAAUACAAUUGAAUAAAAGAUCACCACACUUCCUCCAUACCAAAAAAAAAAAAAUCAGUUUCUUUUUUCUUUAGUAUACUCUUUUACAUAAGUGAAAUCAUUACAGUAUAUAUAAUUUCUUAACUAUAUAUGCAUACUUGCUGAUGUAACAUUGAAAUUGUUUUAAUUUACUUUCACACUUAUGGUGAAGUUCCAGUGCUAUAUGUUUGUAUUUUAUUUUGUGUUAAUUAUUUGUAUUUUUUGUUCACUUAUUUUUGUGUUUUAAUCAUUUUCUUACCCAUUUAUCACAUAAUUAAAUAUUUUACCUGCA